ACGAUCUAUCCAUCAUUUCGGUUGUGUUUGUUCGCUAAGCAACACCGCAUUUCUGGCUCGUGUCCUGUACAUUCAACAAUUAGAGACGUUCAAUUUUGCUAUUCAAACACAAUUGAUAAAUAUAGACACAUUUGCUCCAGUUUCAUCAUCAAAAUCGCUAAAACAUCAUUAACAAGUGCAUACCCGUACCAUAACUGUCCCGAUAAUCAUUGACAUUUUUGACAUGUGUAUGCUACACUAAUAAUUUACAAUAGUUUACAACUUGCACGCAUUUUUUCAUUGAGUCAGUCCGAGUGAUGGUGUCUUCGCGAGCGGCUCGCGUGCGUAACUGAUUGUGAUAGCUAUUUUUUGUUUUUUUGUUUGUGGAUUUCAAUUGUGAACAUUUUUUUGCUGCAAAUCGGACUAAAAUAGUCAAAUCAGAAAUAAUUUAUUUUAAGCAUUCAAUUCGAUCAACAAUUUUGAAGUUUUUUGUGGUAUUUUCGUGAAAAAAAGUUAUAUUUAAAAUGUUAUUCACACCGAUGUCAAAUUCGACGACAGGAUUUCUGUUGCAAACAAUGCUGUAUGUGGCAAAUAUCACCAAGCAUGAUUUAAAUGCACCAAAAACACGCGAAGAUUUUUUAUUAUCACCAAUGGGAGCUGAUUCGGAUCCUGAAGCACCACGUUGCUAUGGUAUCUAUGGUUGUUUUCCAAUCAACGGCCCUUGGGGAGGUGACACUCGGCCAAUUUCGAAUUAUCCCGAAACACCAAUGAAAAUAAAUACAAGAUACGCCGUGUAUACGAAACAUAAUCGACACAUGCCGAAAUAUUUGAGCUUAAAUGAAAGUACCGAAACAAAAUAUAGUGGAAUCAAUCCGAAAGGAAAUAUUUAUGUGAUUGUGCAUGGUUACUUGGAUAGUGGAGAUCGACCAUGGGUGCUUGAGCUGAUGAACGCUCUGCUUGACAGGGAUCGCUCGGGCAUUGCAUCGGUCGUUACAGUCGACUGGAGUGGAGGAGCAUCACCACCAUACACACAAGCUGUUGCCAAUAUUCGACUCGUUGGCGUUAUCACUGCACAUGUUCUGUUUAUGGUUUAUGAACAAUUUAAAAUGAAGAGUAUGGACAAUGUUCACAUGAUUGGUCAUUCCCUCGGAGCACACACCUGUGGCUACACCGGAAGCACAUUGCAAAAGGAUUUCAGUCUUAAUUUGGGAAGAAUUACAGCUCUUGAUCCAGCCGAACCCUUGUUUACUGCCACCGAAUCCAUCGUUCGCUUGGAUCCAAAUGAUGCAAAGUUUGUCGAUGUUAUACACAGUGAUAUUUUGCCGUUUUCAAGAGGAGGUCUCGGCAUGCCAGACCCAGUUGGACAUGUCGAUUUUUAUCCGAAUGGUGGCCAUACUAAUCCCGGCUGUGACAAACCAAUGCAACAUUACAUUUUAUCAUCGGGAAGUUUGAGCGUUGGAUUUCAGCAAUUUUUCAGCUGUAAUCAUGUUCGCAGUCAAGAGUUUUUCCUGGAAAGCAUCCAAACAAACUGUACAUUUACUGGCGUUGCUUGUGAUUCAUACGAUAGUUUUUUGAGUGGCCAGUGUACUUGUAGAGGAACUGAUAAGGGUUUCUGUUUAAGAUUCGGUCUCGAUGCGGCCUUAGACUAUCAACGACUCAUUGGUACAAAUCAAGUGGCAAGUGGACAACCAAUAAAAGCGUAUUUGAUGACUGGACCGCAAAAACCAUUCUGUCGAUCACAUUUCAAAAUGACCAUUUUCAUGUCGGGAACUAUUGAAAGUGUGGGUCAUGGAGAAGAAGUCGGUAUUCUAGCGGUUGAAGUGCAAUCGCUUCAUGGCGAGAAAACUGAACGAAUUCGAUUUUCAAGAGAACCAAUGAGUUUCGAACCAGAAAAAGUGUACAGCUCUGUAAUUCCCGGCCGUGAUGUUGGAAUACCCGAAUCGGUUACUUUAAAUUGGGAAUACCGAACAAAUCCCUUAAAUCCACUCACAUGGCGUAUUGUUGCUCCGCGAGUUUACAUUCAAAACAUUAUUGUUGAAUCUCUUGAACACAAUGCAAGAGUCAUUAUGUGUCCAAUUUAUCAAUCUGAGCCGGUUGUUUCGGGCAAAGCAAGUGAAUUCCGUCACGAAUUUUGUAACUCAUAUCGCAACGAGUGAAAUAAUUUACACAAAAUCUAGCAUAAGAUUUUAAUUUAUAAUUAUCUUUCUACUUACAUUAUCACUCAAUUUUGAGUUCAAGUUCAUUAAAUUGCCAGUUUUUCUAUCGCACGUAAAAAUGAUCACCGAAAAAUCUCAUUCAUGUAAGACAAUUUAUUGAAUUCAUGUAGUUUGUGUAGUUCUAGCACAAAUUUAUGUUAUCAAUUGGUGAUAAGUAACAUUUUUACUUUCGAUUUUUAUUUUGAGUAGAAUAUUUGGCGUGUAUUUAUAAAUAUGUUUGCUUAUUUGUAGUUUGC